GGAGACUUAUCAUGCUGAGUCAAGAUAACAAAACUUUGUCAUUCAUCAUCUAUAUAAACGCCUAUAAGCUUCUUGUUCGACAAACACAAAAACAAUCCUCUAUUGCUCAAUUCAUUAGUUCAAGUAAGAAACUUUGUGCUUCUUCUCGGUCAUCUUUAAUUAUCCAAAUUCAUCAUCUCGUAUAGCAAAAUGGCGAUUCGCUUUUCUCGUAUCAUUCAAGCUAAGCAACUCCUGAGGCGGUCUUCUUUCGGAUCAAACAACAAUGCUAAUGCUGCAACAACUUCAGCUGAUGUUCCAAGGGGAUAUUGUGCGGUGUAUGUUGGAGAAAGUGAAAGGAAACGGCAUGUGAUUCCCAUAGCUUACCUGAAUCAACCCUCAUUUCAGAAUUUGCUAAGGCAAGCUGAGGAAGAAUUCGGUUAUGAUCAUCCAAUGGGUGGAUUGACAAUCCCCUGCAGAGAAGACAUCUUCAUUGACCUCACGUCUCGUUUCUGUAGAGUCUGAAUUUUACCUUAUAACUUGAAAAGGUAGAGCAAAAAUUUUGUAGCACAAUAUGUACACGAAAACAAGUAGAUUGUAGUUAAAUGUACAUUCGGUUUCUGAUUCUGUGGAUAAUGAAAAGAGAUUGAUUAUAAGUUUUUGAAGUCGAUUUUUUUUUUUUUCUUUUUGACAACGCCGGAAACCUCAUCGGAGAUGGGUAAA